CCAGUGAGAAUCAGUGCUCCAGAGGUCUGUGUGAGUGUCGGAUUUGGGGGUCUCGUAGCUCUGUGUGUACUCAGGGGCUGGCUGCUGUUUUCACUGGAAUUGCAUACUGCUCUCCAGCCAGGCAUAGAGGAGUCACUGGGUGCCUUGCUAGUCAGAAGCCCUUACCAUGGCUAGCUCCUUUGGAAUCCUCAAGCUCGCGGUGCUCCUGCAAGUGGUCUGUCUAUCUCUGGGACAAGUUAGGGGUCCGCCGGGUGAACAAGGUCCACAGGGCCCCCCAGGUCCGUCAGGGACCCCAGGAUCCGAUGGCAUUGACGGUGACAAAGGGCCCCCUGGACUGCCAGGCCCUGCUGGUGCAAAAGGUGAGCCAGGCGAGCCUGGUACAGAUGGCACCCCCGGUGAACCAGGAAUUGACGGUCUGAUCGGAGCUAAAGGAGACAGGGGUCCUAUAGGGAAUCCAGGACCAAAGGGACAACCUGGCCCUAUUGGUAAAUCCGGACCCACUGGACCUGGCCUGCCUGGACUUGCUGGCCCACCUGGUCCAAUAGGAUUACCAGGUGAAAUUGGUCCCCAAGGAAUAAAGGGUAUGAUUGGACCAUCGGGGCCACCGGGAUUGCCAGGACCACCAGGGAAGCCUGGACCUCCUGGCAAAUUCACAGGAGAAGAAGGCAGCUCCGAUUUCCAGUGUCCCUCCAAUUGUGCAGGUGGUCCAAAGGGCCCACAGGGACUGCAGGGGUUAAAGGGACACAAGGGGCGCCCAGGAGUCCUCGGUGACGCGGGCAGUAUAGGAAAGCUGGGGAUCAAGGGAGACGUUGGCAUUUCUGGAGAGCAAGGAAUCCCAGGCCCUCCAGGUCCACAAGGUCUGAGAGGCUAUCCUGGAAUGACGGGACCAAAAGGAGAAGCUGGUCCUCGUGGAUACAAAGGGAUGCCAGGGCCCGCUGGCAUUGCAGGCCUGCCAGGCGCAGAAGGACCUCAGGGCCCUCCUGGUGAAGCUGGUGAAAAAGGAGACUUCGGUUCUCGUGGUAUCAAAGGACCACAGGGUGGAACUGGACCUAAAGGACAAAAUGGUCUGCCUGGAAUUGAUGGGAAAGACGGCAAUCCUGGUAUUCCGGGCAUGAAGGGGGCUCCAGGCCAGUCUGGGAUGCCAGGACCUCCAGGACACCAGGGUACAGCAGGUUUGCCGGGAAGUCCAGGUGUCAAGGGUGGACCCGGAGGCAAGGGUGAGCCCGGUCCUCGUGGCUUCCAGGGCUCUAUGGGGGCUCCCGGACCGCAGGGUGAACCAGGACCUCCCGGAGAGGCAGGGAUGGAGGGCGUUCCUGGGCCCAAGGGUGACAGAGGGCAGCGCGGUCCAGAGGGUCCUCCCGGUCUCCCAGGGGUAGCUGGAUCGAAAGGUGAGCGUGGCCCCACUGGAAUCCCAGGCCCUCAGGGAAUAUCAGGAGUAAAAGGUGAUAAGGGAUUCCAAGGAAAAGUUGGCGGCAAGGGUGACUUUGGUGACCCCGGUGUAGAAGGUCUGGCUGGAGAGAAAGGUGAAAAGGGCUUGUCUGGUGAACCAGGACCUAAAGGCCAGCAAGGUGUUCGUGGAGACCCAGGGUACAAUGGCCCUACAGGGGAUCCUGGCAAGCCAGGGGAACAGGGCCCAUCGGGUCUGCCAGGCCCUAGAGGACUGUACGGGGAGAGGGGCGUGCCAGGGAUGCCAGGGCGACCGGGCAUGGCUGGCAGGGACACUAGUGACCAGCACAUCAUCGAAGUGGUGCUAAAGAUGCUGCAGGAGCGGCUGGCAGCAGUGGCAGUGAGCGCUAAGCGGGCCGUCUUGGGGGGUGCAGGUGUUAUGGGGCCCCCAGGACCCCCCGGCCCCCCAGGGUCACCUGGCGCACAGGGACCUCACGGGCACGUAGGACCCAGGGGGAUACCCGGGAUAACGGGCUCCUCAGGCCAGAUCGGCAACACCGGGCACAAAGGCAAGAGAGGACCAAAGGGCAACAUUGGUGACCCCGGUCGUGCACACCCGGGUAAGCCUGGACCCCCAGGAAUCCCAGGGCCGCCUGGCAUUGACGGGUACGGUCGAGAUGGGAAGCACGGAGAGACCGGGCCGCAGGGCACGGCCGGGGAAGGAGGACGUCCGGGGGCCGUUGGACCUGCAGGCCUCCCUGGAUUCUGUGAAGCCGCGGCCUGUCUGGCAGCCUCAGCGUACGCACCAGCACGCAUGACCGAGGCCGGAGCCAUCAAGGGACCCUCCAAAUAAACCGGACAAACCAGGGGGUCACCACCAGCGACAGAGCACGCGUGAGAGAGGGAGGAAACACGCUGGCAACUCAAAACACCAUCGCAAAGACGGGGCAAGAACUGGAGACGAACGCGAAUACAACUAAAAACAAUUAAAGAGAGUGACAAACAAUUAAGAGAGAGACUGUAGCAACUAUUGGUGCUUUCUUUUAUACCGUGGUCAAUGAUGCUCGUUUUUUUUUUCCUUCUAAAACAAAAUGGAUUUUUAAAAUUUUUACCAAAGAAACACGCUCGGGAUCCUUUCACAAGCCGCCCCUCCUCCACCCGCUAGUUAAAAGCAUGUGUAUAAAAAAUAAAUAAAGUGCAAGCAGAUAUCAUGUCGGUGUUCUGUAAGAUGUGUUAAUAAUUACCUCAUGUAAAAUGCUGCCUUUCUUCUUGUUCUUUGGCUCCCCUGCGCUGUCUGUAUAUUACCAGCCCUGUGUCCUUGUUUUCUUCAUUAAUAUUCCUGCUAAGUCAGGCCACUUGAAACUAAAAUGUCCCACUCGCCAAUCACCAUCCAAGGAUUCUGUGCUGUAAAUCUUUGUAAAUGUAUGCUUAUUUUAAUAUUAUUAAAAAAAAAGGUUUUCAAUAAAAAGGAGACAAGGACCUAAUGUUAAUGAACUUAAUCAGCAUUGUGUUUUAUUAAUAACAGAUUAACCAACAACAGUAUGAUGUGACUGCUGUCCACUACAGAAUUGAAAGCCACUGUAAUAUUAAUAAAGAAAAUGAGUUUUGGUUUUGCAAGGAUCAUCGAUACUGAUUAGCUUCAUUAACAGAAGUUAUUUAUUGUGUAAAAGAUUUUUUUUUUUUUGUUCAAAAUCAAUAAAGAGGACACUUUUGUAAACGGUAA